GCCCGGCAAGCGCGGAUCACAACACGCAGUUUGAGAAUUCCGAAAAUAAUCACCCGCUUCUUGUCACAUACAUUUCACAAUGAUUCUGAAUUUAAAAUAUUAUUGUUUUUUUAAUUUAAUAAUAAUUUGGAUUAGGAUUUAGGGUGUUUAUAUUGCAUUUGUUGUUGUUGUUUUAACCCCGAGUGUCUUGUUUACAUUUAAAUAACGCAUCUUUAAAAACAAACUAAACUGUGUGUCAUAAUCAGGCUAAAAAAAAUCAAAACAAGAUAUUGAUAUUGUGCAUCGCUAUGAUGUAGACGCUGCUGUUUUGUUCAUUUAAAGUGAAGUUAGAUGUAAUAUGAAGUCUUGUCUGCUAGUCCAGACAUUUGUGAGAUGAGAUGGAGGGAUUCAAGGAAAGAUGGAACUCUAAAACUCCUGGAAGUUUUUCGAUAUCAAAAGGAUCUCCAGUGGAACCCUGGCACAGCACUCCUGUAAAAAAGAAUGUUUUUGCUGCUAAUGAGACCCCAGAUGUUUCUUCCACCAAACUCAGAGAUGAAGACAGAACCAGACCUGCAGCGCUGAGUCUGCAUGAGCUCUCAAAACCAAUGUCCUCUUUCUCAUUAAUGCAGGAUUUUCAGACCCCAGUUAAUGGAUUGGAGGUCUCCACUAUCCAGAGGCAGCGUCUGGAGCUGCAGCUUCUCAUAGCAGAACUAAAGGACCGUGACCAGGAGCUCAAUACUAUGGCAGCAGCCCAUCACAAGCAGCUGCUAUCCUGGGAACAGGACCGUCAGAGAGUACUGAUCCUGGAACAGAGAUGUGCCCGACUGGAGGACGAGCUGGAGCAGCGUAACGAGGUGAUCAGAGCUCUCAGUAAGCGGACGAAGGUGGCAGAAACGAGAGAGAAAGACGUGUACAGAGAGCUCAACAGCUCUCAACAGCAGCUACACGAGCUGAGCCGCAGACAGAUGAACACCUCCAGACAUGAGCAGGACUUGGAGGAGAGGAACCAGAGUCUGGACUCGACGGUCAUGAUGCUGUCAUCACAGCUGGGGCAGCUGCAGGUGCGCGAGGAGGAGCUCAGCUCCAUGCUUAAACUGAAGGAUAAAGAUGUGAUUGAGGCCACCAAUCAAAUUUUAGAGCUGUCCGGUCAUCUGUGUGAACUAGAGAAAUCUCUCGAAGAGCUGCGAACACGUGAGAGCAAAACGCUGCGAGAAAUGGAGGAACACAAACACUGUUUCAGAGAGAGCAGACACGAAAACACACAACUGAAAGCCGAGCUUCAGGAGAAAACCAUUGAGAACAACAGCCAGAGAGAAGAGCUCAUCCGCUUAAAGCAGGAAAACCAGCUGUUGAAGAGAGACAUCACUGCUGUUGAACUUCAGAUGAUGAAUGAAGAUAACAGCUGGAGGGAUGAAUUACUUGAACUUUCCCGAUCAAAACAAGCUCGAGCUGGAUCUGAGCUGCUCUGUCUGCGGCAGGUGUGUGAAAACCAACAGAAUGAGCUCCAGCUGCUGAAGUUGAACUUGGAGAGCGCCAGAGAGUCACUCCGACAUCAUGAGGGUGGUCACGAGAGAGUGCAGCAGAUCUGAGCCUUCUUCAUCUGGAUUGCCCCGCCCCCUCUCACAGAAGUAGGCGGAGCUCUGUCUGUUUACCUGAUUCUACGCUAAGCAUUGAACUCUGUGCCAAUGAUGUAGCUCACCACGGCAUUGAGGAGGGGUACAGCUCAUCCACAACACGGUUACAGCGUCUGCUGGCUGAGUCUCAGGAAAUGGUGGCAGGUUUGGAAAGUUCUACCAAGAAAUCUGUCAGCCCAACGAAACCUCAGAGCCCAGCGGACUGUGAUAGUGGUCGUCACCUCCAAAGUAACCAUGGCAACGGCAGCCCCUCCCAAACCUCCACCCAUAGCCAAACACGCGGGCAAAGUGACUCCCAGAUCGAAAGCAGCCCACGCUUGCAACAAGGAAGCAAGUAACAUGGUCCAUAAAGUGAUGAGAAGCAGCGAAUCCCUGUUUACUGCCAUCUUCUCUCACUGCUUUGAAAAAAUAAAUUACUUUUUUGCAACCAAA